CUGUAAGUUUUUUAUGUCGUAGUAGCCAAAGCCUUCGUAGACACUUCUUGACCAUAUUCUAACAUUAUUAUGACGUGUAUUUUUGGUUUUUACUCUAAGACUCACACUUUUUUAAUACUUUUGCAUUUUAAUGAUAAUAUCCAAAGUAACCACAGCUUAUUUUUGAGGAUACCUAAUGGACGUUUCUGAUUGGCCAAUUUUCUCUUAGUUUGUGCCCUAACGUGUGUUGUUCAUCUUACAGGGAAUGCGAAAGACUUUUUUAUUCCCAUUCUAUACUUUCUUUUACCUGUGCUAAUGACUACCGUGGAUUUUAAAUAUCAUUCUCAUUCUGUUUAUUAAUUACGGAGCCAGCUCACACUGAUUUCUCAAUACCACUUUAUCUAAUUCCAAUUUAUAUGAUUCACAUGAAAACGUUAGUAUUAUCGGAGGAUUUGCGGGUUUGGAAAGUUCAGCGACUACAAAAUCCUUUACACUGUUUAAUAUGUGUCGUUUUGUAACAGACUACAUAAAAUCGUAUGAAUUCAGAUGUUCUGAUGGCCAAAUUAAAGUCAGAAUGACCAAUCAGCGCAUUGUGAUUAAUGUUAGCGGUCUUCGUUUUGAAACUCAUACAGACACUCUUAAUCGCUUUCCCAAUACCCUUCUCGGUUGUCCUUUCCGGAGAAGCCGUUACUACGACUCCCUCAGAAAUGAAUAUUUUUUUGACAGGAAUCGUCCAAGUUUUGAUGCAAUACUUUAUUUUUAUCAAAGUGGUGGGAGGCUUAGAAGACCAGUUAACGUACCAAUUGAUGUUUUUACUGAGGAAAUAAAGUUUUAUGAUCUAGGAGAAGAAAUAUUCGAACGUUACCGUGAAGAUGAAGGUUUUACUAAAGAGGAUGUACAUAUUCUUCCCAAAAAUAAAUUUCAGAGAAAAGUUUGGCUGCUUUUUGAGUACCCUGAGAGUUCAAUUGCAGCGAGAUGUGUAGCCAUUAUUUCCCUAUUAGUCAUUCUCAUUUCGAUUAUUAUUUUUUGUGUUGAGACUUUGCCGCAUUUCAGACAUUAUGAACUUGAGUUUAUCGAAGGUCCUACUAAACUACCAACUAUUUCUGCUGUAGAUACCCCUCAAGUUACAGGAACACUGUUCAUCCUAGAGUCAAUUUGUGUUGUUUGGUACACUUUUGAGCUGUUAGCUCGUUUUGCAGCUUGCCCACAAAAAUUGGCGUUUUUCAAACAAGUAAUGAACUUGAUCGAUGUUGUAUCAAUCAUUCCGUACGCUAUUUCAAUUGGUGCACUAUUAGCGGAAACUACCAAAACACAGAACCAAGCUAUGUCAUUAUCCAUACUGAGAGUGAUUAGACUAGUGAGAGUUUUUCGUAUAUUCAAACUAUCUCGUCAUUCUAAAGGACUACAGGUUCUUGGAAGAACACUUAAAGCAAGUUUUCGAGAAUUGUGUCUGCUAUGCUUUUUCCUCUUUGUCUGUGUAGUUCUUUUUUCUGCUGCAGUUUAUUUUGCUGAAGUUGAUGGUGGUGAAGAACAGUUCCCAAGUAUUAUACAUGCAUUUUGGUGGGCAGUUGUUACAAUGACUACAGUUGGUUAUGGUGAUAUGAGACCUGUAACAAUGUGGGGUAAGAUUGUCGGUUCAAUGUGUGCAAUAGCUGGUGUUUUAACUAUUGCACUCCCUGUACCUGUUAUUGUAUCAAAUUUCAACUACUUUUACCAUAGAGAAUCAGAAAGUGAAGAGCUUACCACAUAUGUUCAUGUUUCAGACGAUCAAAAAGGAUUCAGUUAUCCCGGUGAUAAUUUUAAUGAAGAAGCACUUGAAAGUUCAAAUCCUGAAACAUUAAAUCAAGAAAAAAAUAAAAGUAUUCGAAGACCAACAGUUUGUCGUCAAUCUUUUUCACAGUGUAGUGAACAAGAAAGAUUUCCUUCUGUAAAGAGUAAUGGUGCAGCAUAUAUUGAAUUAGAAGCUGAUAAACAAUCCAGUUGUAUAGAUUCUUUAGGUGAUUUAAGUAAUAUAUGUUUGGAACCAAGAAAUUCUCAAGCGAAUACAAAUCAAGCCUCUAUAUCUUAUAGACAUCAUCUUCAAGCAUUUCAAGAAGUAAUGCAAAAACAUGAUAUGCAAUCACAGAAAUUUAAAGAUCUUUAUCCACAUCAAACAAGUUUCCCAAAUAAACGACAAUCUUUGUUUACACAAUCAACAACCAGUCCAGAUGAAUCUUUUUUAAAUAAAACUUGAAAUUGCCACGUAUCUUUUAAGUGUUGGCCAGUAAUUGCUGAUUGUAUACAUUUAAUGUAGUUGUUAAACCAAAUGAUAACAAUAAUACUGAGAUUUAUUUAUUGUUGCCUUGGUAACUUGUAAUCAAAGUGCUAUUGACACACGCACACCUACAAUUAAUACUGCUACUUCUUCAAAUAUUAUGAAUAAUUAACAAACAUGAACUCCUAUGUCAACAUAUGUAUUAUACAUGUAUCCAUUUGAAAAGUCCGGUGUCUGGAUGAACAAAAAUAUUGUUUUUACCAUGUAUUCUAUGCAUUUAGAGAGGAUGCAUUUAAUUAAACUAGGAAAUAAAAUAAAAUAAAAUAAAUGAUCUAGUCGAAUUCAUUUCACC